UCAGUGACUUUCCUACUAGGAGAGUAUUUAAAAGAGUAUUUCUCAUAUAGGGAAAUAAAUAAGCUGCAUAAUUUAGACUUUUAAUUAAUCCACCAAAAUCAGCAUUGUUGACUGCUUUGUUGCAAUAUUUAGGUAGUGAAACAUUUCAGAGAAAACCAAUCCCAAAUGUGUUGUGGCAAAACACACAACUGGGGAGCUUUUCUUCAGCUGCUGCUCAGUAGCCUUUUGAUUUGGAAAAGGAGGGGUUUGGUUUUUAAUCCUGCAACAGUGACUUCCUACACUUUAAUUCUUUAAUUCUUUUUUACACUAAUGCCAUAACUCUUAACACUGCAGGAAUUUAGAGAGGGGAAAAGACUACAGCUGGAAACUUGGUAGUAACAGUUCAUAUUGAAUGUUCCUAAAAGACCAGUUGGGAAAAAAAUAGGAUUUUUUUAACAUGCAAUAAUGCCUCUGAAAAAUGUUCUGGUGAUUUAAUCUUUCUUUUCACAAUUAACAGUAUUCCUUGCAAGUAAUCCACUUUGUGGUGAGAGUAAUGGGAAGUUCAUUCUCAGCCCCAGAGCUUGCAGUUGGUAGCACUGAUGUGGAUUUGUGUAGAGUGUUACGUUAAAAUAGUGAGUCAAAGUCUUGAUUCAGGUUCUGGAAAAAGUGGGAAUGAACAUAUCCAGUCCCAUUUACAAAACUAGAGCAGAUUUUGAGUAGGGGCAGGGGGGAGGGUGUUGCUUUUGUGUCUCAGUUUGCAGAUAACCAGUUUGGGAGAUUAAUAGCAGCAACAGCUGUCCCAGGAGUGCUGGAGACAUCCUUUGCUUGAAGUUUAACAAGUAAGAUGAUUAGGGGGUUUUUAAAAUCAUUUCAUGGGCCUCUUCUAUGGAUACUUCCUAAGUUACCUGUUAAGUAGGGAAAAACUGCUGCUCUUCAGUGGCAUAUGGGAUUCAGAGAUGAACUCCACUAAUGUACCUAAUUAAAAGCCACUUGUCUGCCAUGCCUUUUUUUUCCCCCCCAGGAAAAUCUUCAGAACACCAGGAAACGAAUUCAGUAUGAUGGUUUGAGGUAGCUCCAUCCUUUUAUGGUCAACACCCUCGGUCACCCCUGCCCUUCCAGCAGAGCAUGGCAAUAAUAAAUCCUAAUACAAGUAUGAGCAAACAUGGAUAAAGGUGUGUUGGGCUGAAGCUCUCUGCUCAGUGGAAUGGGUGGGUGGCCCUCUCUUCCCCAGGUUUUCUGUUCUGGCUGGCACAUGGAAGGAGAUGGAGGCAGGUCCAGCCAGGUGUGUUCCCCUGCCCAACGUAACCAAGUGACAUCACAAGGGGACUGGGGCAGGAGCAGCCAAGGGGCCAGGAUGGAACACAGGACGGAACACGGCUCAUCUUUGCUCUACACAGGUUGCUGCAGGUUUAGAGUUCUCUGUCCUGCCUCAGAGAAGAACAGCAGCCUCUAAAAGAGACCAAGCAACAUCAGUGAGCACAUGUGGGUGGUGUAGGGUCUGUGUUCACCCUCUUGACCGCCUGAUUGGGGAUGGGGACAGUUUGGUCCAGGACAGACUGGUGCAGCCAGAAAACAAACCUACUGAAAUUUUCUUAACAUGAAUUAAGUAGCAUUUUAUAGCAAAAAUCUGAGGAGCAACCUGUUUAUAGUAGCAUCUGAGGAGCAACCUGUUUAUAGUAGCAUCUGAACUGCAACCUAUGGCUUUAGAAAAUAGGUAAGUACUGUGCCCCCGAGGAAAUGAAAUACAAUGUAAUAUGCACCCUUUAGGGCAAAAUGCUUAAAGAUGGCUAUUCACAGGUGACUGUUGUUUUUGAGUAAUUAUGUAUGGAGUAAAUGGAAUUUUAGGAAUAACUCUAAAAGGUCAGGUGUUUAAAUAAUACCUCUUAAUGAUGUAUCUCACCAUAUGGGAAAGAGCUUAGUGUGGAAGAUGAAGAGUUUUCACCACUAUUGAUCUGGUAAAAACAAAUGUGAAUGUAAUUCUUAAAGAAGAAACCGUAGCAUUUUAGAUUUCCACUGUUGCAGAUUUUUCUCGUAGUAGGUGCAAGGAUGGCAUGGAGAUGGAAGUAUUCCCCCAAGGAACAGCUGGAGGAUAUGAGCAGCCAGCACCCGGGGCUCACGGGGCUGCAGAACCUGGAGAACACGUGCUACAUGAACGCGGUGCUGCAGUGCCUCUGCAGCCUGACCCCCCUCGUGCAGUAUUUCCUCUCGGGACGGUGGAACACAGCCCUGCAUGAGGAGACUGGGGAGUCUGCAACUGCCUUUGGCUGUUUGAUAUCCGAUAUGUGGCUUGGAGAGUUUGACUAUGUUUCCCCUGAGGCUUUUCAUUCUGUCUUUGGGAAGCGGUACCCAGCUUUUAGCAGGAGGACUCAGCAUGAUGCGCAGGAGUUUCUCAUCUGUGUGCUGGAUGACCUCCACGAGGCUUUCAAGGAGCCAAGCCAAGGAAGACACAGCUCUGAUGCAGGAGCAAGCACAGGGAGUGGCAGUGGCACAUCUAUUAUAACAAAGUUAUUUGAGGGACAGCUCAGUUACGGUAUCAGGUGUCUGAAAUGCAAAGCCCUCGCUGACAGACCCGAGAGCUUCACCGUCCUCUCCCUGCCCAUCCCUUCCACCACAGUGUGCUCUCUGCAGGACUGCCUGGAAUGCUUUUUUCAGCCAGACACACUGACUCGGAACAACCAGAUCCACUGCUACUGGUGUGGAGGCAACCAAGAUGCAACAGUAAAGGCCUCCAUAACCAAGGCACCACAGAUCAUUAUUUUUCACCUAAAGAGGUUUGCCUGGCAGGACAAGCACAGAAGGAAACUCUCAACCACUGUCUGCUACCCGUUCAGGGAUCUGGAUCUCUCUCCCUACUCCACAGUGUCUUGUAACAAAGCAGAGUACAGCUUGUGUGCUGUAGUGGUAAGCUUUGCCUUUCCUGCUUUUAUUGGGAAUGCCUUGCCUCAUGGAGCAGAUGAAGCCUGUGUUGGUUUGGACUUCAUGUAUGAUUUAUAUUUUAAUGUGUGUUUUGUUGUAUGCCUUUUUUUACCUGCCAUGGACAUAGUCCAGUACCAGUAUCUAACUAAAGGAGAGAGAAGUAAUUUCCCCUUCUUCCCCAACAUCCCAAUUUUAAAAGAAUGCACUCCUGGCAUGUAAUGCCACCUCAGAAUAAAUUCACAGGCUGAUCCUGCAUGAAUCCUGUUUUUAAAUGAGGACAUGGCUCACAACAAGUGGGACCCUCUUAUAGUGACCUGUAUCAGGGCUAAUAGUUGGGUUGCAAAUGUAAUUGCAAAAUAAAUAAGCAUAAUCAUCAUCCAUUUACUCUGUUUGAAAGAAUUUAUUUGAAUUAACAUCCCCUGCUGUAAGCCAAAAGGGGCUAGAACCCUCUCUCCCAUCUUUUCCAAGUGCAUACAUAAAACGAUUGCCAGUUCCUAGCUUUGCCUGUAAGGAGACAGAACAGGACUCUGGUUUUAACAGACUCUGUUGUUUGUUGCAGAACCACGCUGGAGAUCUGGAUUAUGGCCACUACACGGCCUUCUGCAAGCACUCAGUCACCAAACACUGGUACAGCUUUGAUGAUGCACAUGUCACCAAGAUCCCAGACUCUGCAGUGCAGGCUGACACAGCUUACCUCCUCUUCUACACCUCCCAAGGCUAUUGAGACUCUGUUAAUCCUUGAAAACCAACACUGAGUAGGGCAGCCACUACAAUUCACCAGCAGCAUUAACCAACUCCUGGUUCAUCAAUAAACUAGAGCAUGUGCACUACUGAUCAGCUGUUGUGGUCUUUCAGGAAGUGAUUCCUAGAAAGGACAGCUACAGCCUCUAAGCCAUGAAGGAACGGGCGUCCGCUCCAUGUGCACAAGGGCCGAAGGUUGUUUUCCAUGACAACCCCCUUGCAGCUCUCAAAGGAACACAGAUGUUGAGCAUACAGAUGCACUCACCUGGAAGUUCUUGUUUUUCUGCUGGUUAAGUAUAGUAGGUUGUUCUAAGCUGCCUUUCAGGAACUAACAGAAGGAUACCAAAGUGAAAGCACACAACCAGACCAAACUGUGUUUCAGGAGAGAGCAGAGGAUGGAGUGACCAUUAAUAUAUAAGAAAGAAAAAGGCAUUGUUCUACUGCUGUCAUUUUUGUUCCUCUAGCACUUCAUACUUGUUUGCAGCUUGUAAGCUUCUGGAAAGCAAUCAAUAUUGGUCUUCAUUCCAUCAGCAAGACAGACACAGACAGGUAAAGCUCAGAAUGUAAGAUGUAAGACUUUUGAAUGCCAGACUAAUCAGAAACAGAAAACUAACCCAAAUCCAGAGCAGGGAAAUAACGUAAGAUGCAACUAGAAGAAAUUUUUAAACUAAUCAGUUCUGUGCAAAAUAGUAUAUAUAUUUUUUUCAUCUGGAGAAA